AAAACCAAACAUAUCUGAUCGAUAUCCCACGCGCCGCAAUGGCACCUGCUACAACUCUACUCGACAGCUGCAAAAUCUUCCCCGCCGGAAAGUCUUCCUCCUCCGACUUGAAGCUUUCCGUCUCCGACCUCCCCAUGCUCUCCACUCAUUACAUCCAAAAGGGAUGCCUCUACGACACUCUCCCCCCUUUCCCCCACUUCGUCUCCUUGCUCAAGUCAUCCCUUUCCCACACCUUGAUCCACUUCCCUCCGCUCGCCGGCCGCCUCGCCACCGACUCUACCGGCCACAUUUACGUCACGUGCAACGACGCCGGAGUCGACUUUGUCCACGCCGCCGCCGCCGGCGUUUCCGUCGGAGACGUUCUCCGCUCCCCCGGAGACGAUGUCCCGGAUGUGGUUAAAGAAUUCUUCGCGUUUGACCUGACGGUCAGCUACCGUGGCCAUUUCAUGCCGCUCCUCGCCGUUCAGGUGACGGAGCUCGCCGACGGGGUCUUCGUCGGGUGCUCCGUCAAUCACGCCGUCACUGACGGCACGUCGCUGUGGAAUUUCUUCAACACGUUCGCGGAGGUCGCCAGAGGAGUGGAGAGGAUCACGCGGGGACCGGAGUUCAGCCGGGACUCUGUUUUCAUCUCGCCGGCGGUACUGAAAAUCCCCGACGGCGGUCCCGAGGUUACCUUCGACGUCGACGCUCCGGUGAGGGAGAAGAUAUUCAGCUUCACCAGGGAAUCGAUUUUGCGGUUGAAAUCCGCCGUUAAUAAUAUAAAAUCGGAAGUCAAAGGUGACGUUGACCGCACGACCGAGAUUUCGUCGUUCCAGUCACUAUGCGCGUUGCUGUGGCGUGCAGUCACGCGCGCUAGGAAAUUCCCUUCCUCCAAAACGACGACGUUCCGUAUGGCGGUGAACUGCCGGCACCGGGUCGAGCCGAAUCUUGACCCGUUUUAUUUCGGGAACGCGAUACAGAGCAUCCCGACGUACGCAACCGCCGGGGACGUUCUGUCCGGUGACAUACGGUGGUGCGCCGGAAAGUUGAACAAGAACGUGAGGGCGCACGGCGACGCUACGGUGAGGAGGUGCGUAGAGGAUUGGGAGCGGGACCCACGGUGCUUCCCGUUGGGGAACUUCGACGGGGCGAUGAUCACGAUGGGCAGCUCGCCUAGGUUCCCGAUGUACGACAAUGAUUUCGGGUGGGGCAGACCGGUGGCGGUCCGAAGCGGUCGGGCCAAUAAGUUUGACGGCAAGAUUUCGGCUUUUCCCGGCCGAGAAGGCGGCGGGACUGUUGAUUUAGAAGUCGUGCUGGUCCCUGAAACUAUGGCGGGUAUUGAGUCCGACCCAGAAUUCAUGCAAUACGUUUCGGGUUUCUGAAUGAAUUUCUACGGUCAUUAUUUCAUUUUGGCCGUUUCUUUUACUCCCCGUCUUCUUCCCGGUUCAUUUUACGAGGUUUAACCGACUUUAUUUUCAAUUCAAUUUAUUUGAUUGUAUGUGUAAAAUUAAAAAAUAAAAUUUAUAUAUUUAAAAACUACAUCAAAAGUUCUACAAAACAAGUGGUGACAAGACUAUAUUAUUUUAUUAUCAACCUAAUGAAAAUAGGUAAAGAAA